UACAGGGAGUAUGAAAGGAUGUCAAGAAGUCUACAGGUCAAGGAGGAGAGGAGGCAUGGUCAUUUCCAUAUGAUGAUAAAGGAACCCUUAUAGAUAAACUACCUCACUAGAGAAGAGGGUACAUGACCCUGGGGAGUUAGGCUGAUAGCAAGCCUUUAAAAGGAACAAGACAAGCAACGAGAUAAAUGAUGUAGAGGUUGAGGUUAGAUCAGGCAUGCUAUACACCUGCCAACCGCAAGCUAGAGGACAAGGUAUGAGAAGGGGUUGAGAGACCCUGCAAAUUACCAUGAUCAAGGAGAAUCGGAAAAUCGUGGAAUUUCAAGGAAUCCAUUGGGAAAGUCCAAAGUGGGAACUAGAGGGCCAAGAGCAGGAGUCUCGGAACCAGCCAUAGGAGUAAAUCAUUCAAUCAACCGGGUAUAGACAAGCAAGUACAGCGUUCAUUAGGGGUUCUAAUGAAAGUGGAGAAUUUGAGGAAGAGUCUAAAUGGUCGUAAUGAAGAGAGUUUGCGAACAAUACCAAGGAAGAGCAAAAAAGCCAGAGGGAGUUUGACGAGAUUUCAAGAAGUAAAUGGGUCAAGUCUCAGGUGACUCGAGGUCAAGAAGCUGCACAAAGAGGUACGAUGAGGGAAAGCAUUACCGAGAAGGAGGAAAAAAGAGAAGUUAUGGCAUGGUAGGAGGGCUCCAGAUGAGACAACUAGUUAAGGAUGAAACAGACACAAUUAGUUAAGCCACUAAGAAUCCUAACUAAGAGACUAAGUUUAUGUACAAGAUCGAUCAACAAAAGAGACAUGGAAUGAGUUAUGUUAAAGGUUACCAAGCGCAAGCCACCAUUGGAAGUUGUGACCUAAAACACCAACGAGAAGAUACUCAACAGAGGUUGAUGACCAAAUAUAGUACAAACAACAACAGAAGAGUUGUAGUUUGGUGGUAGUAAAAGUAAAGAAGCAAGAAGAACGCCAUGGGAAUUGGGAAGUUAUAGAAAAAAAAUGGUUGGCAUCAACCUGGCGAUGUAUGCAUCGAGGAAGAUAGUAAGACGGGCGGAAGCAGGAGUACAACAGACAACAAGAAAGCAUUAGGUUGACCACCAAGUAGAGAACAACCGAUCCAUAGGAAGUCCAUAAAGAUAUUUCAGUCAAUUUUUAAGGCGGAAUCAUGAUCGUCAGGAAUAAUCGAAGGGAGAACCUUAUCUAUCAUGGUACAUGAGUGAGAAGAGAAAAUAGGGACCUAGAGACUACAUCGAGAACAAGGGACAUCUAGAACUAGCAAGGAACAUCAAGAAGAAGAGUCAUGAGUAAAGAAGUAAGAGGGAUAUGAGUUUAGGGAACCUGCUAGGAUACCCCAAAGUGAAACCAAGAUCGCCUAUAUUGGUGAAAGGUGUCAAUCUCUCGGGUAAAACCUUAUUGGACGGGGAAACCGUACGAGGAGUUUCAGCUAGGGUCUAAGAGUGGCAGAAUGGAUAUUACGAGAACAUCAAAUUCAAGCAACUAUAAGGAAGUGCUAAGUUAGGCGCCGGGAGUGAGCAAGUAAGCCAUUGGGAAUAUCAUGAUUCUUGAAAUGAUUCAUAAGGUUGAUCGCAAGCUAGAGAGAAAUGCAAAGGAUGUCUCUAAUGCCUACAGAAGGUAAAAGCAGUAGUAUGAGGUUUUGGCGCUAAGCAACAAGUAACGAGGAGAUGACCAUUCAAUGUAUGGUUAAAGGGUAAGACAAGAAAAAAAAAAAAGAUGCAAAUUUAGGAGUUACAAAUCCUCGUAGUAAGAAGGAUUACAACAAGCAAGACUUGGGGUAAUCACAGCGAAAAAUUUCGAGGGAAAAUUUUCUAUAAGUGGGGAGGAAAUGUGAUACUCGACUCUGAUUUAGGGGCCAACAACGAGUGCUGAAUGAGCUGGAUCAACAAAGUGAAUCGAUAAUUUUGUUCCAUCACCAGAUGGGGGAAUUAAAAAGGGACAAGUAGCCACUCAAAGCUACUCGAUGCUAAUGAGCUUGUUGAGAAUACCUUUUAUGGUCAAGAGGAAAUAACUUGAGGUGAGGUAAACUAUACGGGACAAGCAACGGACAUCAUCAAGGUUCAUAUAGCGAGAAUAAAAAAUUUAAGGCAAGGAAGUACAAGAAUGAUGUUGACAGAGGAAUGAGAUUCAAACAAAUUUUGGGGACGAAAUUUUUAUAAGGGCGGAGGAAAUGUAACACCCCGACUUUGGGUUCAGGUUCGACCAAAAUACGGGAACAGUUGGGUUAACGGUUACGUACGAAGGGUUGCAACCGCGAAUUAUGAAUAAUAAUAAUAAUAAUAAUAACUACUAUAUUAUUAUUAUUAUUAAAAAAAAUAUAUAUAUUAAAGGGAAGGAACCGCUCGGCCCCUGAUUAUUCCCCCAGCUGACACCUUCCUCCCGAAACCCUUGGCCGGUGAGGAAAGCAACCGCAGCAGCAACCGUGGGGAGCCCUAGCAGCUCACCGAGCAACGCCGCCAAUUCGAAGAAAAGAAACCCUCCAGCGAUCGGAUCAUUCCCCAGCGCAGCCUUCCCUCGUGAUUAUUCCCACAGUAGAGUGAAGAAGCAAGCAGCUCCCCCACUCGCCCCACCGAUCGUACCAAAAAGAUUCCCCCGAAGCUCGUUGUCAUUCACAUCAUUCAUGAUCACAUUGGGGCAUCUUGUAGGAUCGAAGGAGAAAUCAUUCACGUAGCACCACUUGCAGCCUGCGUCCAGUAGUUAAAUCGACUGGUGAUGAUUCGACAAUUACACGGAUUUAAAUGGCCCAGUCUCUUGCACGUGGUAAAUUGGAUGGUGCUUUGUACGAUUUUCUACGAGGAGCAUUGAUUGGUCAAACUGGGGACAUCGCAGUGUUUAUAACAAGAGCGGGUUUGUGAAGGCAAUUCUUCUAAUUCCACCAAUUUAACUUGCAAGGUGAGUGCAAAGGGGGCAAAUUCUACGCUUACGGUUUUCAAGUAUUUGCCUUGAGUAUUUUCGAGUAUUGAUUUACGUGUGCAGUAUUUGAUUCAUGUUUGAGAUUGCAUGAUUAUGGUUGAUGAUAUGUGCCUAGUUUGACUUAUGACUUGAAGUGAAUGGUUAUUAUUUACCUUGAAAUUUUAUGAGUAUAAGUUAUUGUUAAAGUUUAAGAAACAAGUUCUUUUUAAGAAGUAACUCACCUUCAAGAAGGUGAAACUGUUUUAAGAGUUUUAGUCACUAGCGCCAGUCCGUUGCCAUUUGAGAUUUUGAGAUAGAGCAGCAGUUAUGCUCUUGAGACUUUUAAGAUGAGCAGCAGUUAUGCUCUUGAGAAUCGUGGUGAAGAGCUACCACGAUAAGUUUAAGAUGUUAGGGGGAUGAAUCGUUACGACUCCCCUAACUAAGUUUAAGUUUUAGGAAAGCCUGGAUGGCUUCUCAUACGUAUGAGUUGGCAACCGGACUAGCUAGUGAGGGAUCCCCGUGUCAGUCAAGUAUUUAAGUCAAGAUUUGAGCUUUAAGAGAGGAGAGUAACUUCAACUCCCUCAAAGUUUAAGAGUUAAGAUUUUAAGAUUGGAAGUACAAACAACUUCCACUAGUCAAAGUUAAGUGUUUAAGUAAAGUACUCAAGUAUUAGAAUUAUUAAAACGUAAGGGCGUAGACUGACCACAUCUCACUCACCAAGACUUAGUAAAGGAAUAAGCGAGAACUAGAUCGAUUGUUGCAGCUAGAGGAGCAGUUAGUGAGCAGCGAGAUCGAGAAAGUUGUUCGAGGCAAGCCAGCUAGAGGAGGAUAGUACAAGCGUCACUGGAGGUGCCAGAGAUCGAAUCCGAGCAGACAACAAAGUAGAGUUUUAGUUAUUGAUUUACGAUUAUGAGUAGUGACUGGAGAUUCAAAUUAAGAUUCUAUGGUUGAUGUUUGCCCAAGUGUUAGGGCUUUGUUUUAAGAGAUUUCAGUUCAUUUCAGUAUUUGUUAUGGUUAUUUAUGGAAAGCUUCCAUUUUUUUUACAAGUCUUUCGUUUCUUAUUUUGGUUUAUGAGUCAUCAAGGGCAUUUUGGUAAAAUUAGUACCCGGUCGGGUUAGGGUGUUACACAAAAUGUCACUAAAAAUGACAAACAAGAAUAAUAAACAAUACAAACCGAAUCGAUACAUACAUUACAAACCUUACUUACAAACAUUACAAAAUAUGUCAACAAACAUCAUAAGACCCACACUGUCGCCGAGAAAUCCUUCUCCGAUGUCGCUGGUCGCCGGAAAAUCCUCUCUCUCCCUCUCUCUCUCCUUCACUUUGUCAUUAUCGCCGCUCAAUUGGGCAAUCCCGCUGUAGCUUCUAUAAAAUACUUCCCAAUUCCCAUUUCUCCCAAUCUUCACUCUCCCCACUCAUCAAUCAACUUCAAUCCCGCCUCUGUUUGAUCGCCCAAUUAAAUUCGCCAUGGAUCCCAAUCCCAAAUCCUUCCCGAUUCUCUACUACGUCAUGCAGCGCCUGCCGUCGAUCAGCUCCAAAGCUCCUGCUGCUGCUCCUCCUCCGGUCGCCGCCUUCGACGUCGAGCAACCGCCGCCGCCUUCGACGUCGAGCAACCGCCGCCGCCUUCGACGUCGAGCAACCGCCGCCGCCCCGCUCUCCCUCUUAUCCUUCCUCCUCCUCUUCCCCUUCCUCGUCACCCUCCGGCCAGACUCGCCUCCUCUACGCGAUGCCCAAUCUCAAAGUGCCGGUAGUUGCGUCGCGGCGGGAAGAUGACGUCGACGGGUGCAGGUCCACUGGUGCCGCCGCAGGAGAAUAAAGUCCCGCAAAGUGUCGGUAGUUGCGUCGGGAAGAUGACGUCGACGGGUGCAGGUCCGCCUAUUUUUAUUAUUUAAUUGGUAAAUAAUUAAAUCAUGUAAUUACUUUAUUACCCUUCAUUAAAUGAGAUCAAUUAAAGCCCUUGAAUUUUAAUGAGGUUGAGUGGCUGAGAUUCACUUAGCCAUGUGACUAAGGAGACCCCUUAGUCACCUGAUCUUGGCCCAUGGAAUCAACCCUCCUGGACAUAAGGGGCAGCAAGUUUCAUCAACUAUUUACCAUGUUAACAUUUUUUUUUUCUUUGGUAGUGAUUCUAUCCAUGACUGUCAACCUAAGCAAAACACUAUGACUAGGAAUCAUAGGCUUCCCCCACACCUGAAAUGAAUGGAUGGAUCUACACGGCUCUUUAGGAUCUUUUCAACUAUUUCCGAAUCGGUAUAAGGGGUUUUCUUAAGAGAAAAUAAAAUACUAAUUAUUAGUACAAAAAAACUUGCAUUUUUAAAUAUUAGCCAUGCCUUUUAAAAUACAAAGUAUAGAUAAAUGUUAACUUUAAGU